AUGGCGCUCAUUACAAGCAGUGUCCAGUGCCUCCCGAUGGCAUCAGGCUACGCCCAUAGCCUGCCCCUUAAGCUUGGGCUGACUCUGUGGUCCGGCUGCCAGCGCGUAACAUCCUUCCGAAGUACCUGGACUGCUCUUUCCGGACUUUCAAACCCACCGCAUUCAUGGAAUCAACAGAACGGCUCUGCUCAAAGUCUAGGGCGUCCACGUCAUUUCCAUUGCAACGCACAGCUAUUGAUGGCCGCCAAGACUACUCCCCCGUUGCCCCAGAUCCUGCUUCGCGGAAUUCGAAGAUUGCACUCUGAAGUAUCGGGUAAAGAUCCCGAAAACUUCACACAACGCCCCCGGGUGAUUGCUGGCGACAAAUUUAGCGCGCUUGUGUGGUCUUCCUCCCCAAUGCCGAACAAUAUCCAGAUCAUCCUCGACGGAAAAACGGCCACUAUUUCGGGCAGUUCUAAUGAGCGCGCGACCAAAGCAGACGCUACCAGCCCAAAUACGCCGUCACAGAAUUCCGCAGAAUUCGCUUCUUCUGACCAAUCAAGCUCGAAUAAGGAUAAUCCCUCCUCCGACCAUUUUCACGGUUUCUUCGACUUUUUGCUGCGAGCGGGGGUGAUAAGUAUUCUCGCUAUAUGUAUCUACGGGAAAGGCCGGAAACGUGGCGCUCAGGAUUUGACGGCUCAACUUCCGGACGGCAAGAUCUUUACUGAUAGAGAGGGUUUGCGGAAAGAGGAAGAGGAGCUGAAACAGAUCACAGAGACAUUCAUGGUAUUCCACCCUUGCGGAAAGUGUGAUGGUGAGUUCAACGUGCACCACGACAUUCUACGAAACAAGAGAAAGGAGCUGGCGGAGAAGGUUGAGGGGUUGGACAGGAAAGAGUUGGAGCACGUCAGACAGCGCGCAAUGGUGCUCGAGGGAAAGUUGAAGAGGCAAAAAGCGUCGAUCGAGAUGGACAGAGCUCGAGAAAGUCCACGUGAGGCCGUCAAAGCGGGGAUCUUACCAGACGAGACAUAUACUGAGACAGUUGAUGGCCUUUACUCCGAAACUCCAAGCUGCAGCGGGGAAAAAGCCGAUCCGCCCAUGGAACAGGCAGAAAUGUUCCCAUCAGCCAAUCUCGUAGCACAGGUCCCCAGCCAGGGACCUGAGAUGAAUGAGACGCCUAGGACUGUGCGGCAUCGGGAAAAUUCCAUGGCCCACACUAAGCCAGAUACAAGAACUACCGGACCGCCAAGGAUGAAGACAGGGUCAAGUCCAGCAUCUCACGUGGUUCUCAGGAGUCUAUCUGCCGACUACGAUGCCGCAUGUGAGGAGAUGGGCCAGAUCAAGCGGGCGAAAGAAGCCCUAGAGACUCGUGAGAGGGAGUUGGAGGCCCAGGACAAUGACCGGAAGGAGCGUGUUCAGGAGCUCAAUGCACCGAAGUCUGAUCAGAUGUCGUCUAUUGCUUCGGGCAUGCUCCUUGGAUCUGCGCUGGCCUUUGGAGUCACGAUGAUGAUGUCCGUAGUUGAAACUUGA